AUGGAUGAACAACAACAACAACAAGAACAACAUCAACAAUCAUCAAAUAACAACAAUAAUAAUGAUUUAUUACAAACUGUUGAAGAUCUUGUAGAAGAAUUGAGAAGAACUAUUAUAGUUGUUGAGGAAUUUCAAAAUCAAAGCCAACCAUUGCUUUUUGAAAGACUUAAUAAGAUUAUAGGGUACUAUGGUAAGAUAGAAAGCCAGAAAAAGCAAUUUGAUAGAGCAGAGAUACCAUUAGAGAUCUUUAACGUUAUAGAUCAAAGUAAGAAUCCUGAUCUCUAUGUCAAAGAAACACUACAAAAUUGUAUAAAUGCCAACGAAAGAUCAAAGGGAAAGAUUGAAUCUAUAAGAAUAAUAUUAUUAUUAACAAUAAUUGUUUCUCUCACACCAAAAAAAAAAAAGACAUUCAAAGACGAAUUAGAUGCACAUAUUAAAGAUACCUUUUCAGAAGAAUAUAAUAUUUUUAAACAACAACAACAACAGCAACAGCAGCAACAAAUAGUUGAAACAAAUGAUUAA